AAGAAAAGAGAAAAGAAGUCGCAUUCAAAGGUCAGUCGUCUGAUAUGGACGAACCGUAGAAAAAGUUUUGAAAAUCAAUGGAAAUUCCAAAUUUUUUCUGCUAAUUCAGUAAUUCUUCUCUAUCACCUUCACCAAGUCGUCAAUGGCUUCCUCAACCACAAAGCAAUUAGCUGCUGCUUCUUCUUCUUCUUCUCCUAGAUACACGUUUGACGUCUUUCUCAGCUUCAGAGGCGAGGACACUCGCAAGAACAUCACCAACCAUCUUUACGAAGCUCUGAGGCGACAGGGCAUCGUUGUUUUCAGAGAUGACGAUGAACUCGAGAGAGGGAAGACCAUUGGUGGUACGCUAACCAAAUCGAUCAAGGAAUCCAGGUGUACCAUUGUUAUUCUCUCUGAAAGAUAUGCAGAUUCCAAAUGGUGCUUGAGGGAAUUGGCUGAGAUUGUCGAUUCCAAGAACACAUUAGGUCAACUGGUUCUCGCGGUUUUCUACAAAAUUAGUCCCUCCGAUGUCAUCAGUCCUACUGGGAUUUUUGAGAAAUUCUUUAUUGGAUACGAAAAUGAUCCUAAGGAGAAAUUUGACGAGGUUCAGAGCUGGAGGAACGCCAUGAAAGUAGUUGGAGGUCUCCCUCCAUGGCUUGUAAACGAGGAGACCGAAACAGAGAGAGUCCAAAACAUUGUUAAGCAUGCUUUCAAUCUUCUGCGUCCUGAUUUGCUUAGUAAUGAUGAGAAUUUGGUUGGCAUGAACUUGAGAUUAAGCAAAAUGAAUAUGCUUAUGGGCAUAGGGUUGGAUGAUAAGCGCUUUAUUGGGAUAUGGGGGAUGGGUGGAAUAGGCAAGACAACUAUUGCCAAAGCUGUUUUCAAAAGUGUGGCCCGUGAAUUCCAUGGAAGUUGCUUUCUGGAAAAUGUUAGGAAAACUUUGAAGGAUGUUGGAGGCUUAGUAUCCUUGCAGCAGAAACUUCUGUCCGAUACUCUAAUGAGAGGAAAAGUUCACAUUAAAGAUGGUGAUGGAGCUGUGAUGAUAGAGAAAAACCUAAAAAAUAAAAAGGUUUUUGUUGUUUUAGAUGAUGUUGAUCAUUUGAGCCAGGUGAAAGAACUGGCAAGAGGAGAAGAAUGGUUUGGUUGUGGAAGUAGAAUCAUCAUUACAACUAGAGAUGAAGGUUUGCUUCUUUCUCUUGGAGUUGAUAUAAGAUACAAUGUUGAUAGUUUCAGUGAUGAAGAGGCUCUUCAGCUCUUCUGCCAUGAAGCAUUUGGGGUAAAGUUUCCCAAGAAAGGUUAUCUGGAUCAUUGUAUGCAAUUUAUAGAAUACGCUGAGGGCCUUCCAUCAGCAAUCAAGGCUCUUGGGUAUUCCUUGCACGGUAGAUUGAUUCCGUCAUGGGAAGAUGGCAUAAGAAAGUUAAAUGUUUCUUUAAACAGGGAAAUAUAUGAAAAUUUGAAAAUUAGUUAUGAUGCACUAGGAACGCAAGAGAGGAUAUUCUUUUUGGAUAUUGCUUGUUUUCUUAAAGGACAGAGCAAAGACAUAGUCAUUGACACAUUCGUGAAUUUUGAAAUUGAUGCUGCUUAUGGACUUCUUACCAAAAAGGAUGAUGCAAAUGAACUUAUAAAAAAAUUUGCUGCUGAUGCACUAAAAAAUUUGCAGGAGAAAUCCCUCAUAACUGUGCCUAAUAACAAAAUACAGAUGCAUAAUUUACUCCAAAAACUAGGUCAAGAAAUCUUUCGUGGGGAGUCAUCGGGAAAAUGUAGUAGGCUAUUUCAUCGAAAGGAUAUGAACCAUGCUUUAAGGCAUAAACAGGGAGUUGAAGCCAUUGAAACCAUUGUCUUGAACUCGAACGAGCAUGGAGAGUCGUACUUAGAUGCCAAGUUCUUUUCAGCAAUGACCGGUCUAAAAGUGUUGCAUGUUCAUAAUGUAUUCCUAUCUGGAGAUCUUGAGUAUCUCUCAAACAAGUUGAGACUUCUCAGUUGGCAUGGAUAUCCCUUCAGGCAUUUACCAUCGGGUUUCAAGCCAAGUGAACUAUUGGAACUCAAUUUACUGAAUAGCUGCAUUGAAAAUCUUUGGAGAGAAACAAAGAGGUUGGAUAAAUUGAAGAUAAUAAACCUUAGUAAUUCUGUAUUCUUGUUGAAGACCCCUGAUCUGUCAAUGGUGCCAAAUCUUGAGAAGUUGGUCUUGAAUGGUUGUAUAAGACUAGAGGAGCUUCACCAAUCUGUCGGAACUCUGAAGCAUCUAAGCUUAUUGGAUCUUAAGGAUUGCAAAUCUCUCAAUACCAUUUGUUCUAAUAUUUGUCUUGAGUCACUCAAGAUUUUCAUUCUUUCUGGUUGUUCAAAACUGGAAAAAUUUCCGGAGAUUGUGGAAAACAUGAAACUUGUGACAGAGCUUCAUUUAGAUGGCACUGCUAUACGAGAAUUGGAUGACUCGAUUGGAAAACUCACUGGCCUCGUUUUGUUGGAUCUUAGAAACUGCAAAAAUCUUCUUACACUUCCAAACACCAUUGGUUGCUUAACAUCCAUUGAACAUCUCGCAUUGGGUGGAUGCUCAAAGCUUGAUCAAAUUCCUGACAGCUUGGGGAACAUUUCUUGUUUAAAGAAGCUUGAUGUGAGUGGUACUUCUGUUAGUCAUAUCCCGUUGUCUCUACGACUUUUGACGAAACUCGAAGUAUUGAAUUGUGAAAGCCUGUCCCGAAAAUUAUGCCAUUCGUUGUUCCCAUUUUGGAGUACGCCGAGGAAUAACAUUUCACAUUCAUUUGGUUUGAGGUUGAUAACUUGCUUAUCGAAUUUUCUUUCCGUGAAGGUUCUGAUUUUUAGUGAUUGCAAGCUGGUAGAUGGAGACAUACCCAACAACCUCAGCUGUUUGUCUUCAUUGCAAUUUCUGGAUCUAAGCAGGAACCUUUUCACCAACCUGCCUGAUAGUUUGAGUGAACUUAUCAAUCUCAGAUGCCUUGUAUUGGACAACUGCAGUAGGCUCAGGUCAAUACCGAAGCUCCCAGGCAGUAUACGUUAUGUACUCGCCAGGGAUUGUGUCUCACUGAAAGAACACUAUAACCAAGAAGAUCACAGGCCUCUAAGUGAAACAGAAGUAAGGGUCCUUAGUUACCCCACGUCUGCUGAACACCAAAACUCCAAAAUCACCCGGUUAAUGAUGUCAGGUAUGUGCACAGCAUGGGAGAACGGGGGUUGAAGAUAGUAUCAGGUAUUUUUUUCCUUUUUCUUCUCACUUUGUUAACUUCCAUUAAGAUGCAUUCAGUACACCAAAUUGAAAAGAUAGCUCUUGAUGUUAUGUACUUCGAAUCGUUACUACUUACACUUUGCAUGUUGUAUCAAUCAUAUCUUUUAACUCGUAUUUCUUCUUUUCCCAGCCUACAGUCUACACUUUGCCAGUCAGCCAUACAAAAUAUAGUUACAAAACGGGGGAUUAGUAACUAGUAUUUGGUUUUGUAUGGCUUUAAUUUUUAAUCGGAUUCUGAUUGUAAUUUUAAUUUGGACGUACUUUAGUUUCAUAGUAACAAGUUCCAAGGACAAAUCAUUCAUUAGACCUCUUUAUACCAAAAUUCUUUAUACGGUUUGUCUUCCUUGGUCAUUGAUUGGAAGCCGAUAGUUUAAUUCUUUAUAUGGUUUGUUUUCCUUGGUCAAUUCUAGGACUCUUAUUUGGCUUGUUUUAUGCUGUGCUGUAAUUGUAUGCUUUGAUAUUGUUUAUUGUUGUAUUUAUAGGAACCAAGCUCUUGGAUAGAGAUGGAAGACUUUGAAAGAAGAAACCAAAGUCAAGGUGGAAGCAUCUCAAUGCAUCCAGACAGUUAGAGUGUACAUGGGUUUGGUUGAGUUGAGAGGAUUUUUUGGACCAAUCAUCAAUUUGGGUAGGUUGGGUGAGGUACUAGAAACACAUGAACAAUGAGUUCGACGAGACUCAACCCAUGUUAAUAAUUAUAAAUUUAGGCCUUGUAGUGAAAAAAAUAUUUUCAAAAUUAAGUGUCGAUUUUUUAUGUUACGAAUUAGUCUUUAUAUUUUAUUAAAAAAAAAAAAAA